CUUCAAUAUAAACCUCUUCCCCAUCGCCUUGCUGCUGCUUACACCACCACUACUUCACUUUCUGUCCUUUGCUAUAAUUGUAAAUCUAGUGGAGUUGAGAAGCAAGAGAGAAAUAUGGAGAUGAUAAAAGUUGGGCCAGUGGGAAGCAAUGGUGGUUCCAUAUGGGAAGAAAAUGGACGAAGCGAAGUUGCUGGUAUUUUUGUUUCCUAUACCCAAAACACUAUUCAGUCGCUUCAGUUCCUCUUCUAUGAGAAUGACAAGUUUGUUCACUCAAAAAAGCAUGGCAGUCCACACUCUGAAAACUUUUGCGCACUUCUCUUCGAUUAUCCAUCAGAGUUUCUUACUUCGAUAAGUGGUUCCUAUAUUGGCGAUCGGUAUUUAUCAACAGGUUUGGAUGCUAUUAAAUUUAACACCAACAAGGGUUCUUAUGGACCAUUUGGGCGUACGGAGCCUACAAGUAAUAGCAAACAAUUCAACUUUCAAUUACAAAAUCAUCGUCUUUUUGGUGGUUUUCAUGGCACCAUGAGUCCAUCUGCCGUUGAGAGUAUUGGGAUCUAUGUUAAGCCAGUCGUAUCCCCCAUGAUUAACUUGAAAGGAGGAUCUCUGAAAGGAUCUCUUCGAGUGUAAAGGAUGAAAAAUAAUUGUAGUUAGUCUUAUUUUACUCUAUGCUUGCUGCUUGCUUAUUAUGUAAGUUAUAUCAUUUAUGUUUUGUGUUGUAAAAUAAGUUCCUCCACAAAAGUAGUGGUAAGGUCUUCGUACAUUCUACUCUUUUUCGACUCCACUUAGUGGAUUUUACUGGGUAUGUCGUUGUUGUAAAAUGUUAAAUCCCCGUUUGCUAUGACAUUGAGGUAAAUCA